AUGGAUGUGAUAAGUCAAGUCGAUCAACAGUCUUAUGAUACAUCAUCGUACGAUCAAUCUUCUCUCAUGACAUUUCAAAUGCCAAGUACACGUAUCAAUCAGAACUACAUUAUCGUUUGGUUAGACAACAUAUUUGCCGAAGUCAAUAGCGCUGAUUGUCUCAAUAUUGUUACAAAAUUGCGAGAAGUGGUCAAUAGUGUUCAGACAUUCAUCGAUGUUGAUGCAUGUAUUGAUUUUAUAUCGGACACGGAAGAUGAAAAGAUAUUUCUGAUUGCAUCCGGACUUUUUGGCCAAACGAUUGUUCCGAUCGUGCAUAAUUUGCCACAAAUGCAUUCUAUUUAUAUCUUUUCAGGGCAAGUGCUCGCACAAGAACAAUGGAUUGGCGAAUGGAAAAAAAUCAAAGGUGUUUAUAUGAAUGUCAAUUCAAUUUGCGAAGUAUUGAAGCAAUCAGCAGAUAUUUGCGAUCAAAACUAUGUCGCGCUAAGUUUUAUCAAAACAAGUGAUGAUACGAAAAACAAAUCGUUAGAUGAACUUGAUCGUUCGUUUGUAUUCAUUCAAAUUCUUAAAGAAAUUCUUCCGUCGCUUCAUUUCAAUCAGCAACAUCUACAUGAUUUCUUAGAAUAUUGCCGACAGGAAAUAUUCGUCGACAAUGAUAUUGAAAUGUACAAUAUCGAUCAAAUCGAACAAGAAUACUAUCUCCAUCGACCUAUUUGGUGGUUAACAUCGGACUGCUUUUUAUUUUCCAUGUUGAAUCGAGUUUUGCGAACAUUAGAAAUGGAUUUAGUCACGAAAAUGAGUUUCUUUAUUCAUGACCUUCAACAGCAGAUCAUUGACUUACACAAAGAACAGUUCGAUCAAGAGAAUAAAUCGAAUACAUAUACUGUCUAUCGAGGACAAGGUAUAUCGCGUUCGGAUUUCGAACAAUUGAAAGAUACACAAGGUGGACUAGUUAUCUUCAAUAAUUUUAUGUUGACGACGUUAAGUCGAACUUCAUCUCUUGCUUUCGUUCAAGAUAAUUCGAAUAUGAUUAGUGUUAUUUUUGAAAUAACCAUCAAUCUGUCGACAUCGUCGCCUGUGUUCGCUCUGAUUCGCGAAGCAAGUUAUUAUCAAAACGAAGAGAAAGUCAUCUUCGCUUUGCACUCCAUGUUCCGUAUUGGAGAUAUUAAACCAAUUCAGGAAACCAACGAUCACUUAUGGCAAGUUCAUUUAACUCUAACCGAUGAUAAUAAUAUUCAAUUACAGAAUUUAGCUGAUGUUAUACGAAAAGAAACGCGCUCGAGUCAUCAUGGAUGGCAGCGAUUGGGAAAUUACAUGCUGAAGUUAAAUAAAUUCGAUGAAGCUGAACAUGUUUUCUUAUAUUCAUUGAAUGGCACGGAUAACGAACAAGAAAAGGCGCGACUUUACCAUGCACUUGGGUUAGUCAAUCAUAACCAAAGCAAAUAUUCUGAAGCAAUCGAGUUAUAUCAGAAAGCGAUCGAAAUUAAUCAACGGGUUCUACCUGCCCAUCAUAUAGAUCUAGCAGAUUCGUACAGCAGCAUCGGAUCAUCGUAUAGCAGAAUGAAUGAACAUUCUCAAGCGCUUUUCUAUCAUGAAAAAGCAUUCGAAAUUUAUCAGAAAACUCUUUCUCCAGAUCAUUUAGAUCUGGCUGCGUGUUAUAUUAAUUUUGGCGAAGUCUUUCAUAAUUUAAGCAGAUAUAGUGACGCACUUUUCAAUCACCAAAAAGCACUUAAAAUUAAGUUGAAAGUUCUCUCACCAGAUCAUCCCGAGGUGGCUUCGUGUCAUUCUUUUAUCGGUACAGUAUAUAAUUCAAUGGAUGAAUACUCGAAGGCACUUUCUUCUCACAAGGAAGCUCUGGAAAUUCGACUGAAAAGUCUUCGAGCAAAUCAUCCAGAUCUUGCGACAUCUUAUAAGAAUAUUGGCGAAGUGUAUAGUAAUUUAAAUUCGUACUCCGAAGCACUGAUUUAUCAUAAGAAAGCACUCGAAAUCGAACUGAACAUCCUCCCACCUUAUCAUCAUUCAUUAGCUCUUUCUUAUAACAAUAUUGGUAGCGUGUAUGACGAAUUAAAUGAUUAUCCAAAUGCUCUAUUGAACUAUGAAAAAGCAUUGCAAAUCUUUCAAGAAAUUCUUCCACCGAAUCAUCCGUCGUUCGCCAUCUCUUAUAACAACAUUGCAGGAGUCUACUCUUCAUUGAAAGAAUAUUUAAAUGCACUUUUAUACUAUAAAAAAGCAUUAGAAAUUUCGCAUAAAACACUUCCGGCGAAUCAUCCAUACUUCGCACCAUUGUACGGACAUAUCGGUAUGGUCUAUGCUCAUAUCGGUGAUCAUUCAACAGCACUUGAAUAUUACGAACAGGCAUUACAUUUAUCACAACAAUCGUUGCCACCAAAUCAUCCACAUCUACAAUUAUAUAAAGAUGGCAUUGACUAUAUUAAAAAUAACUUAUAA